AUGUCUCCAGGGACGCUCCAGCCUACGGAGGUGAAGACUAAGCAGCCGCUGGAUGUGAGUGUUGACCACUUGGGGGACAGGGAGGCCCAGGAGAUCCCCCCUCUGAAGAACUACGUCUACCUUACCAUCCUCACCUGCUUCUGCCCAGCCUGGCCUGUCAACAUCGUGGCUCUGGUCUUCUCUGUACUGUCUCAGAACAGUUAUGAUGAGGAGGACUAUGAGGGUUCCGAGAGGCUCGGUAGGAAAGCCCUUCACAUGGCGAUAGCCUCCAUGAUCAUUGGCCUCAUGAUCAUCCUGAUCUUAUCCAUAGUGCACUUUACCACGCAUGCUGUAUGAAUGCUGGAGGAUGAAAGAUGGCAACAUUCAACAGGAGUGAUCAUCUCCUUCAGUGGGGAAGGAUCCACUCUGGGCACAUUCAUGAUCAGACCAGACAUUCUUCAGAGCAUCAUCUGCUGAUUGGGCUUCAACCUUUGAAUCCAGUGUCAUGUCUUGUCUGUAUUACUCUGAUCACAACCUUCACAUCAGUUUACAUUGUAGUGAAAACAGAAACGAACAUUCAGCGGUCUUAUUGUAAUGUACAGUAUGCUGUUGGCCGCACCUGAUGGAACAUGCAGUCUAUGAAACCAGCCCACAGAUUGUUUUCUGACCUAAAACUUAAAAACGUUAUAUUGUCAGUAUUGUACAGUAACACUUUAUACAAUUUUGAUGAAUGCUUAUUGUUAAUACAUACAAAAACACAAAAGUAUUGUACACUAGCCUAAAGAGCAUAGGCAAAUGAUUUGUGCUUAGAUGGUUAAAGGUGCAUAAUUCCUGUCAUUCUUUUCUAUGUGUGUAUGUUUUGCAUUG